AUCGAACGUCACUUCCAGUAAUUAAUAUACAGCUAAGCAUUGAUCUUCGCGGGCAUCUUAUCGUUGACGAAUAAGAUAGCCGUCGAAAUUUUCCUUUUCCCGGUAUCCUUGACGCCAAUUAUCCGGUUCCAGAAGGUUGGCGACCGGAAGACUGCAGGCAUUUGGGAUAAAUGAAAUGGUAAGAUGCAACUCAGGAUCAUCCCGGCGGAACCUAUCUUUUAGGACAUAUUUGGAGGCUCUACGACGUUAUCUAUAAAUACUACUUUAUGCCCACGGUUGCAUCUCACGUUUGCAAUCAGUCUACUAUUUUACCCCUCCACUCUUUAGCAACGGAACUAGGAGAAACUUCAACUACUAAAGAAAUUUCAUCAUGAAGGCCAUAAGCUUCAUCACGGGCAUUUCUCUGGCGAUAUCUGCCCUCGCGGAAGGGGACCCGCCGCCUCCGCAGUUCCCGCUUGUUCUCGGAGUAGUGUCGGAAACUCCUUAUCAAUGCGCCCCUGGACAAAGCAUGAACAUCACAUUCCUCCCGGAUAGCCUCAGACUGGACCUUCCUAGCAUGCGAUUUGGCACAGAAGGACAUGGCAGAACGGACGAAUAUGCUGGUUGUCAGUUUACUGUAGAGUUCACCUCUUGGUGGUACAAGUACCGUUUCGCGAUCCGAGACGUGACUUAUAGAGGACACCUCAAUGCAACCGACGGCGUCCAGCUAUACCAGUUAAAAGCCAAUACGGUUUUCAGAUAUGAAAAUCGGAAGGUCAACCCGGGAAGAGCACCGCCUGACAUCUGGAACGUAUCUAUGUCUACCAUGAUCGAUAACACCGCCAAAGCAACUGUUGGAGGCGAAGGGAACUUCGAUGAUAACUUCGAAGUGAGCGGCGGUAACAGUUCCAACUUAGAGUGGUCAACGUGUAUGGAUGGUGGCGAGGGCUCGGGCGACGUUAAGACAAAGCUCUCAUUCAAUAUCGGCGCGACUACAAGCGAUAAGAGUGGCAAAGGCACUGGUAUUCUAACCCGUGGUUUGACGUUGGACUUCGGACUUGUCUGGGAAGAAUGCUAUCCCGACCGAUCAGUUAAGAACGCAUGGGGUCAGACGCGGAUCGAUGACUGGUCGGUCUGCACGUACAACACGAAUAACGAAACCUCGCGGACAGUCUCGCGAGCAUUACGUCGUGGACCGGGUGUGCCAUUAUAGGUUAUGUCUUGGAAUGAAGAAGCCAACAGGUAUCUUGGGUAUUUAAUAUAGGGGUCUCAUCUCAGCGCAUCAGCUAGGUAUCUAACUCUCUUUAAUUGCCCCGUAUUACCA